AAAUACUAUACAAAAACAAUUCGAACUUAAACGUAGCGAGUUUUGUUUUGAUUUCGUCAAUUCGUCGGUGACGGGCUGUCAGUCGGUUAAAGCACGGUCGUCGGGAUAAGUGCACGGUGCCUUUUGCUCGUUUCCAAUUGGAUUCUGUGAUAGUUAGUGAGAUCGAAUAAUUAGAGUGGUGAUUUGACGCGAAAAACCUUCAACAACCCUGUUCCGACUGGAUUCCCAUGCGGUGUGUGGAGCGAACUGGUCAAGCAACUAUGCUGCUCGCCGAUACGAUACGUUGCUGGUGUUGACAGUGAACAGAAUCGGAGGGUCGACGACGCGAGUUCGUGAGCUACCGCGCAGCCUGUAGAAUUGUAGUCCUGCCCGAGGUGUGACACCUUCCGCCCCGACCGCCCACCAUUCCGGACGAGCAGGCCAGAAUCGUCGUGUCGUAAAACGGGAAAAUCUCACGAAGGUCGAACCGCCGGUCGUCGCAGUAACGGCCGCCGUCGCCGCCGUCACCUCCCGCCGGUCGAACGCAACAGGCAACCGGACUACGGAUCACGAUGCUGCCGGGUGGCUUCGGCUCGGUGCGAAAAUAGGAAUCAUUAUAUCAUCGCGUCCCGCGUAGUGAGAGAAGCAUUUGUCGCAGAGGGGAAAAAUUGAUUUAGUCGGAAUAUCCGGACAGGAAGUAGAGUGCUUGUGAUUAGUUCUCGGUGGGUCACCUUUCUGGGGCUCGGCUAGUGCGUCGCUAGUGAUUAAUACAGCUGAAGUUUAUGAGCGCGAAAGUGGGUGUCGGGACAGGUUACAUACACUCUCCAGUGCUGCCGGCAUUGUCGUCUUUGUUGGAACCACAUAGAGCGGUCGUAGCAGCGCCAUCAUCCAUACAGUCGCCGAGGGCAGCAGCAGCAAAGUGACCAGCUAGAAUGGUCGCUAGUGUUUCCGCUUCCGAGCAGCAGCCAGCGGAAGUUCAGCGACAAAAGCAGCAACAAUGUCGAAGCCAGUGUCACUAUCACUCGCAGGACCGGUGGCGAGCUCCGGGGCCUAGUGUGAUCUCAAAUCAACACAAAUGGCAGCGGAGGUACCACUUGGGUAGUGUUUCCGGCUCGGUGGCACUGCCAUCGUUUUUGCUGGCACUACUGGCGUGCGCAGUACUAUCGUCGACGGUUCCUACUAGCUACGGUGCACUCACCGAUGCUGGCCAAAACGGAACAACCUCCGCGGACCGGCUUGCGUUGAUAUCAUUAGCCAAAUUAAUUUCGACCAAUGAUGUUGAUUAUGUUAAUACAAAUACCGAGCAUAAUGUGUCGAAUAAUAACUAUAAUAAUGUUAGCACCGAUGCCAUAAUUAAUAGUAGUAGUGCAGCGGGUAGCGGGGCCAAUUGGUUCGGCACAAGGAGGCCUAGUGGUGGUGCUGGCGGUGGUGCUCGCGGCCAGCGUGUGCCGAUCUAUCUGAACGAGUUUGCCGUCUACAUCCCGAACGGACCGGGUAUCGCUGAUAUCAUCGCCGAUAAGUAUGGCUUCACCAAUUUCGGACAGAUCGGUCCACUGAAAGGAUAUUAUUUAUUUCACCAUAGUCACGUUAGAAAGCGGUCCCUAGAUAGGAGCGAAGCUCACCACAACGCACUCAAUGUCGAACCGGAGGUUCGAUGGAUGCAGCAGCAGCACGAAAAGAUCCGCAGGAAGCGCGACUAUUCGACGUUCGAUGCGGAUUUCGUGCGCUUUCCGGACCCGCGCUCGAUCGCCCCGGCCAGUCGGGUCGGCUAUCGGGACACCGGAGCGCACAACAUCUUUCCGGAUCCGCUCUUUAAGGAGCAGUGGUACCUGGUGAGUAGAAAUGGUGGCGCCAAGGAUGGCCUCGACAUGAACGUUGGUCCAGCCUGGCAGAAAGGCUACACGGGGAAGGGCGUCGUGGUGUCGAUCCUCGACGACGGCAUCCAGCGGAACCAUCCGGACCUGCAGCAGAACUAUGAUCCGGACGCCUCAUAUGACAUCAAUGGGAACGACUCGGACCCGAUGCCGCGGGACAAUGGCGACAAUAAGCACGGAACCCGAUGCGCGGGAGAGGUCGCAGCUGUGGCAUUCAAUAAUUACUGCGGCGUUGGCGUGGCGUAUAAUGCCAGCAUUGGAGGAGUGCGAAUGCUGGAUGGAACCGUUAACGAUGCUGUCGAGGCGAAAGCGCUGGGUCUGAAUCCGGACCAUAUUCACAUCUACAGUGCAUCCUGGGGUCCGGAAGACGACGGUUCCACCGUCGAUGGACCCGGACCGUUGGCCCGAAGAGCAUUCAUCUUUGGGGUCACCAGCGGACGCCAGGGCAAGGGAUCAAUCUUCAUCUGGGCCUCCGGCAAUGGAGGUCGUUACACGGACAGCUGCAACUGUGAUGGUUAUACCAACUCUAUCUUCACGCUAUCUAUCUCUAGUGCAACUCAGGGAGGUUAUAAACCUUGGUAUCUGGAGGAAUGCUCAUCAACGCUGGCUACAACGUACAGUUCGGGAACUCCAGGACACGAUAAAAGCGUUGCCACCGUCGACAUGGAUGGAUCACUGCGUCCGGAUAGAAUAUGCACGGUCGAACACACGGGAACAUCCGCUUCUGCACCGCUAGCGGCAGGUAUAACUGCUCUGGCCUUGGAAGCGAAUCCUUCGCUAACAUGGCGUGAUAUGCAAUAUUUGGUCGUCCUAACCUCGCGCCCGGAACCAUUGGAAAAAGAAUCCGGAUGGAUUUUGAACGGCGUUAAGAGGAAAGUCAGUCACAAAUUCGGUUACGGUUUGAUGGAUGCUGGCGCGAUGGUUAGUUUGGCCGAACAGUGGACAAGCGUUCCUCCGCAGCACAUCUGUAAAUCACGUGAAAUCAACGAAGAUCGACCGAUUGAAGGAUCGGUCGGAUACACUCUGCAGACCCACAUGGACGUCAACGGGUGCGCCGGAACGGUCAAUGAAGUUCGCUUUCUCGAACACGUUCAGUGUAAAAUUACACUUCGCUUCUUCCCCCGGGGGAAUCUUCGAAUUCUACUGACGUCACCAAUGGGAACGACAAGCACUUUGCUCUUUGAACGACCACGAGAUGUAACCAAAUCCAACUUCGAUGAUUGGCCGUUCCUUAGCGUACAUUUCUGGGGUGAAAAGGCCGAAGGUCGAUGGACUCUACAGAUCUUGAACGGAGGUCAUCGACGGGUUAGUCAACCAGGCAUCCUAUCUAAAUGGCAGCUCAUAUUCUAUGGAACCGAUCAGAACCCAAUAAGACUAAAGAACGAAGGCCAACGAAGUUCCAGUGCGUACUCCAAUCUGAAUCCUUUCGUUUUCCCCACCGAAACGGACAUCAAUCAGCCGGCUCUGAGCGGAGGUUCAUUCUAUCAGCAGGAUUUAUUUUCCAACUCGAUGAGUUAUCCAUACCUAUUCAGCGGAGCUGGCAGUGGAAUCGACAAAACAGUCACCACUCUCAAUGGACACAACAUCCCAACAGCACAGCGGGAAAAUGUAAUGGCAGAUUCCAACAACAAGCUCGUAGUGCUGCAUGAUUGCGAUCCGGAAUGUGACCAACAGGGUUGCUAUGGAAAAGGACCAACGCAAUGCGUUGCCUGUAAACACUACCGACUGGACAACACCUGCGUUAGCCGUUGCCCUCCGCGCAGCUUCCCGAACCAGGGUGGAGUGUGCUGGCCAUGUCACGAGUCCUGCGAAACCUGUGCCGGGGCUGGACAGGAUAGCUGCCUAACCUGUGCCCCCGCUCAUCUGUACGUCACCGAUCUGGCUGUUUGUCUGCAGAUCUGUCCCGAUGGGUACUUCGAAAACUACGAUAACCGAACAUGUGUUCCGUGCGAGGCCAACUGUGCAUCCUGUCAGGACCGACCGGACUACUGUACCAGCUGUGAUCAUCAUUUAGUUAUGCAUGAACACAAGUGCUACUCAGCCUGCCCGAAGAAUACUUACGAGACGGAGGAUUACAACUGCGCCGAUUGUCACUCGUCCUGUAUGACCUGCAAUGGUUCGUCGGAGUCCCAGUGUAUCCUGUGCCGCGCCGGACGCUUCGCCCACGAGGGCCGUUGCCUGAAUGCCUGUCCGGACGGGUUCUUCGGCGAUAAAAAACGACACGAGUGCAUGACCUGCCCGAUAGGAUGCUCGACCUGCAGCAGCGGCCAGAUCUGCACCGGGUGCCGCGAGAACUGGACCAUGAACAGGAAGGGCAAAUGCAUCGCCAACGGCAGCAACAACUGUGAUGAAUCGGAAUACUACGAAAACGGUCAUUGUCACCCAUGUCACUCGACUUGUGAAACCUGCACCGGACCGACGGAGCAUGAGUGUCUGAAGUGCACCUCGCCACUGCUCCUGCAGCACCAGCGCUGCGUAAACGAGUGCGACGAAGGAUACUACAUGGAGGUGGGCAUCUGUGCGAAAUGUUUGCACACUUGCACCCAGUGCGUAUCGCGGAUGAACUGCACUGCCUGCCAGAAGGGCCUACAGCUGCAAAGCGGCGAAUGUCGGACUACUUGCGCGGACGGAUACUACAGCGAUCGAGGAACCUGUGCCAAGUGCUACCUGAGCUGCAAUACCUGCAGCGGACCACGGCGAGAUCAGUGCGUCAAAUGUCCCGAAGGUUGGCAGCUGGCGGGAGGUGAAUGUCACCCAGAGUGUCCCGAAGGUUUCUUUAAGACGAAAUUUGGCUGCCAAAAGUGCCAUCACUAUUGCAAAACUUGUAACGCCGCUGGUCCACUAGCCUGCACUUCCUGUCCAUCGCACUUCAUGCUCGACGGUGGACUCUGCAUGGAAUGUCUCGGUUCGCAGUUCUACGACCCACCAACACAGACUUGUAAAACUUGCCAUGAAAGCUGCCGAACGUGCAGCGGUCCUGGACAAUAUUCCUGUGUUACGUGCGCCUUCCCACUGCACCUGGACCGACUUAACAACCAGUGUGUGCCUUGCUGUGCGAGCGACGCUUCGCCCGACGACCAGAGCUGCUGUCAUUGCGAUAAAGGAACUGGAGGUUGUAUCAACUCAUCCCCAGCUGGCAAACGACGUAUCGGAGCCGAACAACAAUUACUUCAAUUCGGCGAUGAAGCCAGCGCGAGUAACAUCGAUAGCAACAUAGUGGACAUCAAUGGUCAGCGAACGGCGUUGGGUCGGUUGAUGGAAAAUGUUUCACCCUCGACAAUGACAGUCCUAGCCGUUUCCGGUUGUCUACUGAUAGUGACACUGUUCGUUGUGAUUUUCAGCGUUCUACAGAAGCGAAGCCACAGCGUGUACACCAGCGUGAAAUACAAUAAACUUGGCACCGGCCGGAAACCAUCGUCGGCUACAACCACAAGGAUAGCCAUUCCAGCCGAUGGCGAAGCUUUAUUGGAACCGAUUGUAAAUAAUUCUGAUGAUGAAGAGGCAGAGGAGGAUGACGACGACGACGACGACGAUGACAACACCGGCGACCAUGAUGAUCAGAACGCUGGCGAUGCAGUGGGACUGCUGACACUAGAUGAUGACCACGAGAUCCUUGAUGGAACAACCGCCAGGGGCAGCAACAGUAGAAGCAGAAACAGCGGCAGCAGCAGUAACCGUGGCAGCCGUUUUGCGGCCACAAGUCGUGAACCACGGCGAGGGACAAAGCAGCGCUCCGAGCGAUUUGAAAGGACUUGAAAAGCAGCUUUCUAGGUCAACGGUGGCAACCGGGCAGAAGGAAAAAAACGGGGUGGUCGCGGGAAUUGGUAAACCUGUGCUAUAAUAGGCGAUAACAAAUUACUAUAAAUAUUUACUUAAGCGAGUGGAUGCGUGCGAGCGAGAUCGAGAAAAACGGCGGAUGGGGGGUAGAGCGAAAAAUCAAACGACGUCUAGCACCAUACCUAGCAUAAAACCGGGGGUGGCGGGUGGCGGAACAAAUGCUUUCAUGCGAAGCGGAAUAUUUUUCCUGCCAAUGAUAUUGUUUAUUCUACGAGCCUAGGAGCGAAACUUGACGACUGGAGCAGCACAUCCACACGUACGAUUCCAUGUUCUUAGAGAGAAAAAUAAAAAAAAAACGAAAACAGUGCGCCGGUAUGUGUGGGUGGUUUAUUUGUGUGAUAAACAAUCUUUCUUUAAAAAAAAUAAUUUUUUAUGCACUAUUAUCAUUAUACAUAACAUAACGGGAGCAGCCGGACGGAGAAGGGCGGAAGUAUGUAAAGAGAUAUGAUUUAUACACGUACAGACAUUCACUGUUAAGGCACUUUUCAAAUUCAGUCCUUUGGAGAGGUGAUGAAGAGUCCUUGUUGUUUGGCGGGGACUUUUUGCAGCCUCUUCUUGUCGAAGAAAAGCAGCGGAAGGUCGGAACCGGCCUUCCGGUAGGAACAAGACCGAGUGAUUCACAGCAUAGCGCUUGCAGACAAAGGGAGCUUGGCGUAAAAGCAAAGAAAGCAGUUUAUUAUGCGACAUUAGCCAAGCAGUGUGGGGGCUUGGGUUCUAUUAAUAGGCACAGAGCGGAGCGUGCGGAACCGAGAGGCCCUAGACUACUCCUAACUAGUGAACCGCCAAUCGAUUGUCAAUUGUUUCGGUCGGUUGGUCUUUUUCGAGUAUGACUUAUUGAGCAGAUUAGUUAACACACAAUAAGCUUGUUGUUAGUCUUUUUUUCCGGAAAUUUUCAGUAUCGUUGGACAAGUGACGUUCAUUCCUUCGACAGAAAGAAUAACAAGCAAUGGCUUCGAAUUAAUGUGAAAAGCAAUUCGUCUUGUCUCGAAGGAGGAGGAGUAUUGUACGGUGUUUUCUGAUCAGUCGGGAAAUUAUAUUUUUCUUUAUUAUUAUGGGUAUUGAAAAGAUUAAUGCUAUAUAAUUUUUUGCUAACAAUCAAAGAUAAAAUUUAAUUUACAAGUAUUCAAGCUGAAUUUUAAGAUCUUAGGAAUUCAGUAUAAUUUUACACUUAAGGCUUAGCACAUUGCCAUAUAC